AUGUAUCAGACUUGUCCAGCUUCCAGGCUUUCAGUUCCUUUGUCGCCUGUUCCGAAAACAUUUAAAGUUAAUAAUGAAAUGAUGGAUCACGCUCAAAGGAUGCUUGCUGGUGAAUCUUUAGACAAAUUUACAAUUCAUCAACUGAACAAUGCGAGAAAAGCGGUCAAAAACAUGCAGCAAGACUCUAUUAAGUCAGGAGACUAUCUUUUAGCCCAAAGAUGUGAAGAUGUUGACAGAAAAAUUCAAGCAAAACUCAAAAGAAGUGAUUUCAUAAUGACAAGAGAGAUAAAAGAUGAUUGUUUGAUCGAAAGACUUAAUGAUGCUACUGAUGAAUUUAACGAAACUACAGAUAAAGCAAAUUAUAUCAUGGAUACGUUCGAAAAACGGAAACAAGAUUCCAUAAGACGUCUUGAAGAGAAACAAAAGCAAGAAAUGGAUGAGUUUAAUGAAAACCAUACUUAUGAAAAGAUGCUUCCUAAAUUUUUGAAAUAUUCUCAAGCAUAUUUGAAUCUUAAGUUUAGAGAAAAGUCAUUAGUUUCGUCUAAGAGAUUCAUUGAAGCUGAUGCUUUGAACAAACAAGCGAAAGAAUUACAAGAAAUAGAAGAUCAACAACAUAGAGAGAACUGGGAUAGAUAUGUUGGCAUGGAACGAGCAAAACUACAACAAAAGCACGCUAACCAAAUGAGUGCUUUAGUUGAUAAAUGGGAAAAAGACAAAUCUUCGCUACUUCCAUCGAUUAUAAAGACAAGAGAGAACCAGACAAGAGCUAUUGAAGCUAUACAGAACAGAAGAUCUCUGUUUCCACCUCCAACAAGAAAAUCUCAAACUUCUCACGGAAGAAGACUGAAUCUGUUGGCUUCUACAAUAUAA